AUGUCGAUGGCCUUAAAGAUGAAGGCCUGCCAGGAAUGGCUUCAAAAAUCCAUCAAGCAUGCCAUGGAAACAUUCUCACCCCAUAUCAAUGAUUUAAAGGAUCACCUAUCGAGUAGCACAAACCUCUCAUACCCUCAGGCGCAUAAAUUCUCCAAACAGCUUAAGGAUCUUGCUUCGCAUCCUCAUCUAAAACAAGUUUCUUAUAGCCUUCUCCUUGUUGCUGUCUGCAUCUGGAUACUAAGUAUCCUCGUUACCCGCCGCUGGCUCUCUCGACCGCCCUCGCGUCCCUCUACGCCGUCCCUAGAAAAGGCACCCCCAUCAUCAACACCUUCCAAACUUAAGCCUGCUACUCGCCAACCCGGAGUAUGGACACCAUCUUCCUUCGUCACUCCUGUGGCAGAACCAUAUCCAGGUUGGUCGAUCGAGAAUACAAAACCGCUCCCAUACCGCCCAUUUCGUCAUGGUCCUAAGUACUUCGUUACCAUGGGUCUCCGCUCUCUUCCUUCCUGGUCAGACUGGAUUGAGCUGGAUAAUCACUACCCCCGUUUUCACUCUGACAAAGCCCGUCGUAUCGCAGAACGUGGUGAGAAGUGCUGUAAGACGGCGCCCGAGGCAUAUGAUGGUGCUGUUGAACUGCUCGAAGAGUUUGUGAAGUACCUGCCGGCUAGAUAUCCAAGUUUGUACAGAAGGACAGAUAGUGGAAUGGAUAAUCUGUGGUCUGGUGAAAGUUUCAAUAUUAUCGAGAGGCCGCUAAAGGAAGAUCCAAUGCAAAUGGCUGCUCGUAUGGUUCAAGACGACCUAGCCAUCAUGUUCGAAAGGCCCGAUGGACAAUAUUAUCUUCUUGCAGGUGCCAUUCUUCUCGCCGGAUUCUGGCGGCUGGAGGACAAAUUUGGCAUGCCGCUAUCUGAGAUCCACACCUCAGGUGAUGUACCCCAGUUUCGCGAGAAGCUGGAAAGGGGCAUGAUGAACUUCUUCAGGAGGGUCAAGCCUGAAGACCCUGUGCUGAGGAACAAUUACUUCCUUCAGGUUGAUGAUGACCUUGCCUGGAGCCAUUCAAUCGGCUCGGAAGACAGCCCUGAAGUUGCUUGGAGUACCGCCGAGAAAAACAAGGCGAUUGAGAAUCACUUUUUCCGUUCUGAGCGGCAGUCUCUUCGCCGUCUGCCCAGGUCAGGUGGCGUGGUAUUCACAAUCAGAACCUAUUUCCAUCCUAUCACGGAGAUUGCUGAGGAGGACUAUGUACCUGGAAGGCUAGCGAGCGCCGUGAGGAGUUGGGGAGAUGAUGUAUCGAGGUACAAGGGAAGGGAGAGGUAUCAGGAUGUGCUCCUCGAGUAUUUGGAUCGUAAGCAUAAGGAACAGGUGGAGAGGGGUUUGGAUUUGGGUCAAGAAGAGGAGAGGUGUGCAUAUCCCUAUUGA